AUGGGAGUUAGCAAGACCACAGUUGGUAGAUGGGCAAAGAGUCACCUGAUAAGGACACAUACAAAUGCCAUAAAACCAACACUUACUGAAGCAAACAAGAUCAGUAGAAUGAGAUGGUGUCUUACUCAUAUUCAGCCAACUUUGUAUGAAGGAAAGCUUCUUUAUCAUGCUAUGCACAACACAAUUCAUAUUGAUGAGAAAUGGUUUUACAUGACAAAAGCUUCAGACAGAUACUACCUGUUGCCGGAUGAGGAUGAGCCUUACAGGGCUUGCAAGUCAAAAAGAUUCAUCACAAAGGUGAUGUUCAUGUGUGCUGUAAGUAGGCCACAGUUUGGCACAGAUGGUCAGACCAUCUUUGAUGGUAAAAUAGGAAUAUUCUCAUUCACAGAACAAGUUCCAGCCAAAAGAAAGUCCAAGAAUAGGCCAAGAGGGACAUUAGAGACUAAACAUAUACCAUCAGUUAACAAGGAAGCAAUGAAAGAAUGUCUCUUGAAUCAGAUUAUUCCAGCAAUCAAGGCAAAGUGGCCAGCCAAUGCAAGCAAGGAUAUAUAUAUCCAACAAGAUAAUGCCAAACCUCACCUAAGAUCUUUUGACUCACAAUUUGAUGAGCUUGCAAGUUCAGAUGGAUUUAAGUUCCAUCUAAUUAGCCAACCAGCCAACUCCCCAGACACCAAUGUAUUGGACCUUGGCUUUUUUAGGGCCAUUCAAUCACUACAAGAUGAUAAAGUAGCAACCAACAUAGAUGAAUUACUGGGUAAUGUCUGGAGUUCUUUUGAGUAA